AUGGAAAACUUCCACGAUUUGAUCAGAAACCAGGCGCUCCUGUCUUCAGCCUGUAUGAAGCAAUCAGCAACUCCUACCGGCGCGUCUGGCACUCCAGAGAAGCGCUAUCGUUGCAAGGACUGCGGCCAAAGCUUCUCUCGUGCUGAACACCUGAAGCGCCAUCAAACCCGACAUACCGGAGCGAAACCAUUCUCCUGUGUCUUCUGCUCUCGAGACUUCUCGCGCAAGUACGAUAUUCGUGACUUCUGUAUACCUCAAAGUCUUGCUGCUGACGCCGGAGAAGGGAUCGCCUUCAAACGCAUUACAGCCACUGUCAACGGCGUGGGGACAGAGAUGUUCCCAACUCGAUUCCUAAAGGCCGACGACCGCAUGCCUGUUGCAUUUCCUCUAAAAUCCGGUGUGACGGAGGCAGCCCUUGUGCACCGUGUAAGAAGAAACAAGUACAAUGUCGCCAAAAACAUACUGUGCGAGAAAAGUCGAGUAGUAGCAGAAAGACUGGGUCCCCUAGGCGACCGCGUGUCCAUCCAAGCGCUCCUGAACGGCGGCACCGACACAUUCACAGAGACCUUCAAUCUGCCGCCCUGCGACGAUCGGCAAAGAGGUUUGCAGUUCCAUCAACAAAAUGAGGAAGGGGAGGAUGAGGAAAAUGAUGAUGUUGAGCCAAAAUCAGAAGACGAAAGUCCAGCUGCUUUCGACUUCUCCGGGAUGUUUCAGACACCUAUGGGGAUUGACGAUCAGUAUCUGGAUUUUUGGACAGGGCCUUUCGGAAUGAUUCACUCCCCCUCAUAUACUGAUUUGCAGCUGGAACUUUACGACCCGGCGAUGAUAUCGCCCGAGGCUCAGAUUGGCUCCACACCCUCCAGCUCGACACAGCAGCCUUUGGAUCAGGCGCAGUAUAUUUCAGCACUGAAUAUGGCCAUCUACAACAAGCUAUGGUGCCUUGCCUUGGAUGAAAAGUCUCGUCAGGAACUGACCGCGUGCCUGAAUUUCCUUUUGACCUCGGAGAAGAUCCGCAAGUUCAUCUCGCUUUACUUCCGUAAUUGGCACCUGAACUGCCCCAUCAUUCAUCGGCCGUCCUUUGAUCCUUCCAAAGUCCCAGUUGGCUUGGUCAUCAGCGUGGUCUUUAUUGGGGCCAUGUAUUCAAAAGAUCAGACAGAAAGGCUUGCCGCAAAGAGACUAGUCGAUGUUGCGGAAUUGGUGGUGUUCGAUUCGGAAAUUUUCUCCUCCGAGAUUGAAGUCACUCGAUCUAUCCAAGGCGACUCGCUGCCGACACCUUCAGACUCGCUUCAACAGGACCGUGACUGGGAGAUUUUCCAAGAGCUUCAGGCUGGCUAUUUGAUGGUCGUUGCCCAGUAUUGGGGCGGCUCACGAGGGUCUAAACGAAGAGCCAUGCAAUCCCGGCUCGGAGAUGUCAUCAAUGUUGCACGGAGCAUGCAGCUGCACCAUGCACGUCAUCGGCCGUCCGAUCGCAUCUCAGAAGUUGCUUGGCUACAAAAGGAGACGAAGAUCCGAACAAUAUCAGUCAUUGCAUUACUUGACUGCGCUAUGAGAAUUUAUUCAAACUAUCCUUGCCGCAUAACCCUCGGCGAGCUUGACAAUGACCUUCCCUGCAAAGAAGCCAUCUUCAGCUCACGGCACCCCUUUAUGCAGGACGAUUCUAUCUUUGCACCAAGGUUGACAAUGUCUCAAGCCUUUGCUCUCCUCUUUGAUGGAAAAGCAAAGACUUCUGACUCAACGACCGCGUCACAGACAGAUCCAUCUGAAAAUGGAACGUCCUUGGAAGAGACAGAUGGCAGUUGCGAUCUCACUAUAUUUGAUUUGUUCAUUCUCAUCCACUUUCUGUACACAUACGUACAUUCCUGUGUAAUGACGAUGUCACUCAACCUACCUACGACAAACUUCGGUCGCCGGAUCAACGGGGGAAAGUCUUCUAGUUUUGCAAUGGGCCCAAUGGCCCAAGAGAUCAAGGGCGCUCUGGAAAGGUGGCGCCAACUGUGGGAAGUCAUUCGCUCACAAACUUCAGAUAAAUCCCUGAAAGCUGAGGGCAUGUACAGAAAUGCGCUUCAUUUCUGGGUCGUCCUUCAAUUCAUCAUGGCCAAAGAGGAAGCAGUCGAUGUUAUCACCAGCAUGGAAGUCAACUGCGAUGACGCGCUAACGAAGCUCAAAGUCCUUUUUCAGAACGAUAACGAGCAAGAACUGUAA